ACCCUUGUUAGAUUAAUAACACUACACGAAUUCAAAGACCGUUCCUUUUCUAGACACGUAUCCUCCAAUCUCCAUACCUCCCAAAAUUUUCAAAUCUUUGAUUUUUGUUCACAGAAUCACAACCAUUAAUUUAAUCAAACCUACAUUGCAAUUCUACGCAAUCAAUUCUAAAUUAUACAAACGAAGGUUCACAUUUCCCCCUCUUUAUUUACAUAAUUUUGCCGAAUUAGGGUUUCAUUAGGGUUUAGAUCGAACAAUUAAUUAUCUUCAUUCAUCUAUUGUUCCGAGAAAUUGGGAAAGAAAACUUGUGAGAUUUGGGAUAAUGUGUGAUGGUAUGUCUUCAAAUGGAGGAAAUUAACAAGGAGAGAGAAAAUGGGGGCUCAAGCGAGGGUUUACCUCCGAAUCCCCUUGCAGCUGCUUAUCGACAAUGCUUCAGUGCUACACGAAUUUCGUCGAUGCGGAAGAAGACGCUUGUGCGACAUGCUUCCCUUAUUAAAACACCAGAUAUACCUGUUGAGCCCCUGAUUGAAGAUUGUGAGUCUGAGUUCCUUCCCAUUGUUCGUUCUGGAGCAUGGACAGAUAUUGGAUACCGUUCAAACAUGGAGGAUGUAUAUGUAUGUCUUGAUGAUUUUAUGCAUCAUUAUGGGCUUCAGCAUAGUGGGGAAGGGCCAAAUGCCUUUUACGGGGUUUUUGAUGGUCAUGGGGGAAAGCAUGCUGCUGAUUUUGCAUGCUGUCAUCUGCCGCGAUUCAUAUUUGAGGACACAGAUUUUCCAAGUGAAAUGGAAAGGGUCAUAAGCUCUGCAUUUCUACAAACAGACACUGCUUUUGCUGAAGCAUGUGCAUUGGAUUCAGGGCUUGCCUCUGGCACAACAGCAUUGGCUGCUCUUGUUGUUGGCAGAUCUUUGGUUGUGGCUAAUGCUGGCGACUGUCGAGCUGUACUAUGUCGGAGGGGCAAAGCAGUUGAGAUGUCCAAGGACCACAAGCCACAUUGCUCUCGGGAGAUGCAACGAAUCGAAGCAUCUGGUGGGUAUGUUGACGAUGGCUACCUCAAUGGCCAACUCAAUGUUGCCCGAGCUCUUGGGGAUUGGCACAUGGAAGGAAUGAAGGGUGCCAAUGGUGGGCCCUUAACUGCUGCGCCAGAGCUUAUGACAACAACGUUGACUCGAGAGGACGAGUUCCUCAUUAUAGGAUGUGAUGGAUUAUGGGAUGUUUUCAGGAGCCAAAACGCUGUUGAUUUUGCUCGGCGAAGGCUUCAAGAUCACAAUGACCCUGUAACUUGCAGCAAGGAUCUUGUUGAUGAGGCUUUGAAGAGGAAGAGUGGGGACAAUCUUGCUGUUGUUGUAAUAUGCUUCCAGCCUGAACCACCACCUAACUUGAUUACCCCAAGGCCGAGGGUUCAUCGGAGCAUUUCUGCUGAAGGGUUGAGAGAGUUGCAGAGCUUUUUGGAUGACUUGAAAAAUUAGCUUAGAUGGUGACAGACGAAUAGUGCUAAAGGGUUGAGAGAGUUGCGGAGCUUUUGGGAUGGCUUGAACAUUUAGCGAAGAUGGUGCCGACAAAUAGUUAGUUGUGUCUUACUGUAUCGUCGUAGUUAUUUUUUUUGAUACCGGAUAGAAUAUUGAGGUGAAUAGGUGAAUUGUCCAAUUGUAUCAUAUGCGGCAGUAAGUUGGCGUAUGUUUUACUGUAGUUUACAGUUGAUUUAUAUCCUAGAGAACGAGUUUAGUUUUCUCACCUCGCUGUAAGGUUAGAUUUUUGUAGUUAGCAGUAGGUUGGGGUUUAUCAAGGACGCCUUAGAUUAGUCUCUCAGGAGAUGGAGCCAUGUUAUUUGAGCUCUCAGUGAUUCUUGCUAUGAAAACUUUCCUUGUACUACAAAUUGUGGUACUAGUCUUUAAAUUCUGUGUUCUUUUUGAUAUUUGAUCGACAUGAUUUAUUUUCUUC